AUGGGCGCUUCCCUGCCUCGAUAUCUUGAGAUCAAAGUCCACCACAAAGUCCUCGAACGUGCCUACCAAAGCAUCAAAGUCAUCGGGGCGUAUAGAAGACGAAAUCCUUCCAUUGAAUUUCACGGCGAAAAGGCGGACAAGCCGUUCAACUGGCAGCGCCCUACAGCCCGAGAGGACGGCGACCGGCUCCUCAUCGAGUGCUUCCCGGGGUCUGACCAUGUCCAGCAUUAUGCCGAGAUCAUUGCUACGUAUCUCAGGAUACUCCAAAGCCAAGGGAUUAUCUUGACCGAUCCGUCUGCUGUCUCGUUUGAACGACUGUCUUGCGCGGACACUCAAAGAGCCCUGAUGGGUACAAACCUGACAAGAUUCCCCCAAGGAGUUGAUACCGUCGUCUUGGGCCUCGUACAUCGCUUAGAGAAUCUAACCGGCCCUGUAGACUGGACAGGCGACGACUGCUUCGCCUGGACGGAGCGCCAGUUCAACAGCCGCAGAGUCGCCUUCCUCGGCUUCCGGCCCUCCUUCUGGGGCGACAUCUCAGGCGAGAUUGUCCAUUUCCUCGCCUGCCAUCACGGCGUACGUCAAGUCCUCUACUUUGGCAAGCUCGGCAGCGUAAAGCAAGGCGUGAAGCCAAAUACCUGGCUCGCGACAGGGGGAGUGUCGCACGUCCGGGGCCAAGUCGUCGAAUGGGAGAAUGCGCUUGGCAAGGCCGUUGCGGAAGUUGCUGCGUCUUACACAAUCACAGGUCAGCAUGUCACUUUAGGGAGUGUUUUGUUUGAGACGAAGGAAUGGUUGGCUGGGUUGCCUGAGGCGAUUGACUUUGUUGAUCCCGAGGUGGGCAUGAUGGCGCAGGCUGCUGUCGAGAGAGGGAUUCGCUUUGGGUAUUUGCAUAUCAUCUCGGAUAAUGUAGCUGAGAAGUAUGAUGAGGACUUGUCGAAUGAGAGGAAGCAGAGCGUCGUUGAGCGGAGGGCGAAGUUGUACCAGCUUGUGCAGGACGUGUUGGGGCAUCACUUAUACUCGGGUACCUAG